UUCAGUUGAAGUUUUGCUCUCCAACCAUACACAUCGUCUGUUAAUAUCUCCAGUGGAGCUGAAAAAAGAUUUAUUUCAAAAAAUAUAUAUUUUGGAUAAGGCAGCGCUGUACUUAAGGGUUAAGAGCCAAACACAUCGCCGCAGUAUUUUUAAGCAGUUUUUUUGCUGAAUUUAUAAUUUUAUUUAGCGUGUGACAGCAACAACAAUGACCAACAUCAGGAAAGCAGCCUCUUCUCUACAAAAACUCUUCGUUUGCGGCGCCUUGAAAUAUGGCCAACCUAGUCAUUCCAUACUCGCCAACUCCGGCAAUGGUUAUGCGAAAUUCUGGUGUCGCGCCACAACCACGGAGAAACUGCCGCUCGUGAUAGCCACACGCUACAACAUUCCAUUCUUGUUGAACAAGCCCGGUGUUGGUAAUUAUGUUUUGGGUGAAAUUUACGAAGUUGAUGAUAAGAUGCUGAGAUCAUUGGAUAACCUGGAGGAUUGUCAGGAUGUAUUCACACGGGAUAUGCAGGAUAUGAAUAUCGGCGUGGGUGAGGGCACGGUUCCCUGUUGGGUGUAUUUGCUGCAAAAGUAUCCUGAAAAGCUGCUAUCUCUGCCAUAUCUCUCCAGCUAUGAGAAUAGCGCCACCCAUCCGUAUGUAAUGCGCAAUCGUCGCACGCACAAGCAUCCUCCCCAAGAGGAUCUCGCCUACACUGCUGCUUAAUCACUGUGCCAGGCACAUUAAACAAGAUAUUUGGCUAACUGUGUGAUUAGCACUUAGUUGCGCUGUGUAUGCAGUUUUAUAGCAUGGAAUGCUCUAACAGUUGCCCAAUUUUUUCUUGACCAAUGGAGGAGAUAUGGCGAGGCAUAGUAACUUAUGAAAAUUCCAAUGUCGAUAUUAGCUGCACUUUUGUAGUUUUUAAAUGUAGCCGUAUAAAAUUUAUAUACAUAAAUAUCUUACAUACAUAUAGAAACUUACGAAUACUUAACGUCUGGUCUUCAUAACAAUGCCUAAAUUCCUUUAAAAAUGGAGUGUAUUGUUAAAAAAAAAAAUAAGUGUAUUCUGAAACCGUAAUUUUAAGUUAAAUUGCGAAUAAAAUAUUUGAUAAAAAAUAUAUGUAUUAAAAAAAA